AUGCGGAAAACAAAAAAAUACAAGAAAAUAAAGCAGGGGCGCCGACGUGAAACUUCCGCGACGUGAUGGCCGCAGCGACGCUAAAGCCCAGGCCGUGGGUGAAGAUCGCCCAGACCACCUUCUUCUCCGGCGUCGCUGCGGGAACGGCCGGCCUCUCCUACUGGCAGCUCCAGCGCCGCCAGUGGAAGCUGGCGCUCGUGUCGGAGCGGAAGGCGACGCUGCACGCCGCCCCAGAGCCGCUGGCGGCGGUGGUGCCUGCCGCGGCUCGGGCGGACGGCGUGGCGCCGAAGCACGAGUUCCGGCGCGUCGAGUGCCGCGGCACCUUUGAUCACCGCCAGCAGCUGCUCAUGGGCCCGCGCUCCGCGCCGGCGGGCGUCGAUGCGGCGCCGCCAGGCGCAAAGCCGCCUCCCGGCGGCGCGGGCAUGACGGGUUGGGACGUGAUCACGCCGCUGCGCUGCACGGACGGCGGCGCGGUGCUCGUGAACCGCGGCUGGGUGCCUCGGGAUCAGGUGGACCAGGUCUCUCAGCCGGUGGGAGAGCUUUGCGUCGACGGCGUCCUGCGUUGUGGCGAGGCGGGCAACCGCUUCACGACAAACGACGCCGCGCAGCGGCGGUUCGUGUACCUCGAUGCGGAGGCGAUGGCCGAUGCGACGGGAAGCAGCCCCGUCGUCCUGUACGAGACGCCCAGCCAGCGCCCCUCGCCGGGCGGAGGCGGCUGGCCGCUGCAGCGGCCGCUCUCCUCCUUCCUCGAGUUCCACGUCAAGCCGGAGACGCACCUGGUGUACAGCGCGACCUGGGCCUCCCUCAGCGGACUGAUGGCGCUGAUGACGGCAAUCCGGCUGAGGCGCUGAGCGCUUGUGCCGAAGGGAGGUCGAGGCCGCGGCGGAGGCGGAGGCGCGAGGCCGCGUGCUGUGCGUGCGCGGUGCCGGGAAACGUUCACUUGGGUGUGUGUGGGGGUGUACUCUGUGCCGGCGCGUGUGGUGCGCAGCAGAGUGGUGGCUGGUGCCGGUGUGUGACGCGUGCCUGUGCCGCGGGGAGCUAUCUUCGCGCAAUCCGCGCGGCGUGUGGGCGCCGCUCGGUCUGUGCUGUGCUCGCUGACGGGAAAUGUUGUGAUAGAGGGUGCCCAUACUAGGUACUAGCGGCACCGGGCACCGCCUCGGUAUAC